AUUUCACUGUUAUACCGCAAUCUUCGUCUCUUCACAAACACCUGUGCAAAACGAAGCAGCAUGGCCCGGCCGCAGCAGCGCUACCGCGGCGUACGCCAGCGCCACUGGGGCUCUUGGGUUUCCGAAAUCCGCCACCCAUUGCUAAAGACAAGAAUAUGGCUUGGGACAUUUGAGACGGCAGAGGAUGCAGCAAAGGCAUAUGAUGAGGCUGCAAGGAUCAUGUGUGGCUCCCGGGCUCGGACAAACUUCUCGUACGAUCCGUUGUCGUCUUCAUGGCCGUCUACGCAGCUUCUUUCACCCACUCUGAUGGCCAAGCUGCAGAGGUGCCACAUGACUUCUGUCUCAAAGGGCAAUAAACUAGCUGUGGACAAGCGAAUGGAGGCACAGAAAAUGAGUGGAAAUAAUGAAUUUCUGGGGAAAUCAGAGAAUGUGCAGGAAUUCAAAGCUGCUACUGCUGCUGAUGAUGAUGAUGGCAUAGAGCAAAUGAUAAAUGAGUUGCUUGAUUAUGGUUCAAUUGAGCUUUGUUCCAAUUCAUCUAUUUCUCAACAAUAAUGAAAUACUAUUAUAAAUCUGUUUCUUUGUUUUUCUUGUUUCAAACA